UUCAUUAUCGCGUCGUGAACCAGCCGCGCAGGCAGCCGGAGGUGGCUCCUUUCGCGACGGCCUUCACGGCUAUUAGAUAAUGCAGAGGUCCGUAUCAGCGCUCGCUGCCGUCCGAGAUCGCUAUCCGCAGCCUGCAAGCACACACACACACAGAGCGUAGCAGUACGGCUGUCGCAAGUAUUGAGUGUGCCCGACGCAGCUGACCACUGUCUCAGGUGAGAGCAGGAAGUGAUCCCAUCGCGGGUGUUCUUCCGGUCCGCGCAGCCCUCGCCCUUCCCUGGCAACAUGCGCACGCGCCCUCUGCUGCUGGUGGCCCUGUUGACGGCCGCCGGCGCGUCCGAGGCGGCCAACAUCCUGUGCCUGGUCUACUUCGUGGCGCCCAGCCACUUCGUCAUGUUCGAGCGGCUGUUCAAGGCUCUGGCGGCGCGGGGCCACAACGUAACCGUGGUCAGCCACUUCCCGCAGAAGACGCCCGUCGCCAACUACACCGACAUCAGCAUCCUCGGAAGCAUUCCCUUCUUCGCAGACGAGGUGACGAUGGACCUGGUGGGCGACUACCAGUCUCUGUCGCUGGCCGUCCUCAACUGGCAGGAGAACAGCGACUUCUGCUCGCGCGUGCUGGCGCUGCCGCAGCUGCGCGCCCUGCGGGACACACCCGCUCACUACGACCUGGUCAUCGCCGAGAUCUUCCACGGCGACUGCCUCGUGCCCUUCGCCCACGUGUUCCACGCGCCGCUCGUCGGCAUCGUCUCCAGCGUCGCAUUCCCCUGGGUCUACGACAGGGUGGGGAGCCCCGACCACCCGGCGUACUGCGAGGGCUACUACGCGGCGAUGACGGCGCCCUUCUCCUUCCUGGAGCGGCUGGAGAAUGUGGCGUGGCACGCGGCGCUGCGCCUCGGCGACUGGUGGUUCUCGCAGCGGCCCAUCGACGCCCUGGCGCGCGACUUCUUCGGGCCGGAGGCGCCUGCCGCCAGCAGUGUGGCGCGCGACUCCAGCCUGGUGCUGGUCAACAGCCACCACAGCGUGAACGAGCCGCGGCCCACCGUGCCCGCCCUCGUCGAGGUGGGCGGCCUCCACAUCAAGGAGGUUCAGCCUCUGCCCGAGGAGCUGCAGCGGUUCCUGGACAACAGCCCGCAGGGGGUGGUGUUCUUCAGCCUGGGCACGAUGGUACGCUGCGACACCUUCUCGCCGGACAAGAUGGCCGCGCUGCUGGCCGUUUUCUCGGCGCUGCCGCAGCGCGUGCUGUGGAGAGUCGACCCAGCCAAGCUGCCGCCGCUCCCGGCCAACGUGUUCGCGCGCAAGUGGAUGCCGCAGAACGACGUGCUCAAUCACCCAAACGUGCGGCUAUUCAUAACGCACUCUGGCCUGAUGGGGACCCAGGAGGCGCUGUGGGCAGGGGUGCCGAUGCUGUGCAUGCCCAUGUUUGGCGACCAGUUCCUCAACGCCCUCAAGGUGGAGUCCCUGGGAGCCGGCAUCAAGCUCGAGUACAAGGACAUCACGCAGCAGUCGCUGAGCAGCGCCAUGGACGCCCUCCUCAACGAUCCGAGGUACCGCGAGCGCGCCAAACACCUGUCUGCACUGUUCCGGGACCGCCCCCGUCCGCCGCUGGAGGAGGCGGUGUACUGGGUGGAGUACGUCAUCAGGCACCGGGGGGCGCCGCACCUCAGGUCCGCCGCGCUGGACCUGGCCUGGUACCAGUACCUGCUCAUAGAUGUCGCUGCCUUCGUGAUAGCGGCUGCGUCGGCUGUUACCGUCUUAACGUACUUGGUGGUGUGCAAGGUUCUGAGGCUCUUCAAGAUCGAAAAGAGCUCAAAGGACGCGAAGAGGAUGGAAAAGAAGAUGAAGUGAGUUCGCUGGGCUACGUUUCAAAGUUUCUAACUGUGUUGACUAAGUGAUAUGGACUACACUGAGACUCUCUGUCACUGGAGAAACAAGACUUUAACUUGUUGGAUUCCCUUAAAUGAAACUUUUUCUUACAAAAAUGAAGAUUUCGUCAGCAGGAGUCACUGUUCCUUAUUUACAUUGAAUGUAACAGUGUAGCAACAGUGUAAGAAUUAAUUUUCUUCGGCUUUAAUAAGCGGGCAGCUAUAGUGUCAAAGUACCUCUGCUGCAUACUAGUGUAGUGCGAGAGCACUUAUAUCCGAGUUUUGCAUCUUAUUUCAAUAAUAAAACGUUUAUGACGACCUCAGUGCCAUUAUCUCUUCACAGUGAAUCGAUAAGACUUCCAUUAAGUCCAUCCUUCCCCAUGAGUUCCCAUAAUUUUCCUGACGCAUGUGGCGCUCGCUGUGUUAUUCAGUGGUUUGGUAUUUAACUAAUUUUUAAAUGAAAAUGAUAAUGUUAUUGCAUUACAGUGAGUAACUACAAAAUAAUUUUUUCUCCCGGCUAAAGAUUUGGUCAAGCUGCUAAAGAAAUCCAAGUAACGUUGUGUUAAAGUGUUGUCUGUAAGUUGCCAUUAAAUCACAGUUCAUACAACA